AUGUUGCUCAUCAUCGCAUUUCUUACAAGCUACUUUCUACAAGAGAGGAAGAUUGAGGCCGUUCACGAAACCGUCAUCUCCAUCUUUGCAGGCAUGACUGUUGGCUUGCUAUUGCUCGUGUCCCCUGGAGACUCGAUUCGAAACCUUAUCAGCUUCGACUACCAAAUCUUCUUUAACCUAUUACUGCCGCCGAUUAUCUUGGCAUCGGGAUAUGAGCUACACCAAGCUAAUUUCUUCCGAAACAUUGGCACGAUCUUGACAUUUGCAUUCGCCGGAACGUUCCUAUCUGCCGUCGUUAUUGGGCUCAUCUUAUGGCUCUAUGCGCUGACCGGAUUGGAGUCUAUCAGCAUGUCUUUUGUUGACGCCAUUUCCGUGGGUGCUACACUGUCGGCCACCGAUCCUGUGACUAUUCUGGCCAUCUUCAACUCGUAUAAAGUUGACCCGAAGCUCUAUACCAUUAUUUUUGGCGAGUCGAUUCUGAACGACGCCAUCGCCAUUGUCAUAUUCGAGACGGCACAGAAGUACAAGAAAGGAGAUGCUUCAAAACUGGGUUUCUUGAGCUUCUUUGAGGGUAUCGGCAUCUUCUUGAUUAUCUUCUUCGGCAGCUUGUUGAUUGGUGUGCUUGUUGGCGUCUUGACGGCGCUACUUCUGAAACUCACCUACAUCCGUCGGUAUCCCAAGACGGAGAGCUGUUUGGUAGUCUUGAUCGCCUACGCUACGUACUUUUUCUCUCAUGGCAUCCACAUGUCAGGUAUCGUCUCUUUGCUUUUCUGCGGUAUUACGCUGAAGCACUAUGCCUACUUCAACAUGUCCAGACGAACCCAGCUUACGACCAAGUUCAUCUUUCAGAUUCUGGCCCAGUUGUCUGAGAACUUCAUCUUUAUCUAUCUCGGUCUAGCACUGUUUACUGAUAACGCCCUGCUGUUCCGUCCACUGCUCAUUAUCAUCACCGUUGCAGCAGUCUGUGCUGCACGAUGGGUCGCAGUCUUUCCCCUCUCUCGCGCCAUCAACUGGGUCAUCCGGUAUAGAGCACAGCGGAGAGGCGGAGAUCUUAGCGACGAGCUUCCUUACAACUACCAAGCCAUGCUGUUCUGGGCUGGCCUACGCGGUGCGGUGGGCGUGGCACUUGCAGCUCUGCUUACAGGCGAGAACUCUUACGCGCUCAAAGCCACCGUUCUUGUAGUGGUGGUACUUACAGUUAUCAUAUUUGGCGGUACAACCGCGCGCAUGCUGGAAAUAUUGGGAAUUCGCACCGGAGUCGUCGAUGAGAUCGACAGCGACGAUGAGUUUGACAUUGAGUCGUUUGGCGGCAACUACUACAAGCGCGCCGGAACCGGCAUCGGCUACACUCCGGGGCGCCGAAACGGCGGCAUGUCGCUGGACAAUAUCACACGUAACGGCAACCGCCCGGGUGUUGCAUCGGAACGGGGCAGUUACGUUUCCGGCCAUCACUCGCCGAACCCGAUCAAGCGAGGGUCGAGUCUCAGCCGCAAGAACUCUGAGCUUGAGAGGGGCGAUCUGCUAGGCCGCAGCGGUAAUACGACGGACUCGGACGUGGGAAGCGACAUUGACACAUCUGACCUCCCGCCCCCGGCCCGUCGGGACACACGACGGGCGAGUCCAAUGCUCACGCCCGGCGCAUCGAAUUCAGCAACGUCAUCCGCGAUAUUGCAAGCGGAACCCUCGCCGGCGGCACCUCACGUCUCCGCGACGUCUGCCAUCAGACAGCUCUUCAGCGCUGAAGACCCGGCAGGCCUGUUCCGGCAGUUGGACGAGGAUUUCAUCAAGCCCAAGUUGCUCCUUGACGGCGGUAACAACAAUAACCGUGGCAACGGUUCUGGACCCGCCUAA